AAUAUCUUCAUGUAUAUAAUGUUUUAAAAGCAUUACACAGUACUUUGGGUCAAUGUGCCAUUGUACUAUUUCAAAGGCUUUGCGUAUUUGACCUACAUUUCAAUGAACACUUAUAUAUUCCCUUUUACGAAAAGAUGCAUGUAUACAAUAUGUUUACUUAGAGAAUAAGUUACACCUCACGCAUUCGAAUCGUGUUUGCAAAUUAAUUGUAUUACGAAGAUAAACAUCGAAUGCCAGUUUUUCAACUUAUGGAUGAUAUGGUGUCAAAACAGCAUCAAUUUGCAAAAUGAAGUUUGAUAAGAUACCGCCGGAGGAAAAGGAUGACAAAAUUCAAGGCAUUAGUAUCAAUGGAACUGUCCAGAGAGAAAUGGAACCUGACACUCAAUGUGGAAUUGGAUCAUUUCGUCCUGCAUUCCUACAGAUUUUUGCCAGAAUUGGUGCUUUCGUUGGUGUUUAUGGUGUCUCUGGACUUCUUACGUCAACGUUGACAGUUUAUAUAAAUUCUCAGGUAAAUAUGUUGGAGAAACAGUUUGGCUUUAGCAGUGCAGAGACUGGUCUUCUCAUGAGCUGUAAUGACAUAGGGUUUUUGUCAUGUGUAAUUUUUGCAGGUUUUAUCGCCAGAAAGGUACAUAUUCCAAGAGGUUUAGGAAUAAGCACUGUUUUGUUUGGCAUAUGUGGAAUGUUGUGUGCACUUCCAUAUUUUCUACAAGACCGUUCUACGUAUGAACUCGAGGAUAAACCAGCAGGCAUUGACAUGCCACAUAACUUGUCCAUUGUCAGAACUAUGGGAAAGAAGGUUCCGAUGUGCGAAAAUGAGACUAUGAAUGAGGAAGAUGGAUGUAAUGCGGCAGCUGGUAGUGCACAGUCAACAGCCAAUAUCCAGCAACUUCAUGUAAAGAAAGUUGCUUAUUGCCUCAUUGCUUUUGGAAUGGUAUUUCAAGGUGUUGGAAAGUCAGUUAGAUAUCCCUUUGUUACACUGUACGUGGAUGAUGCCGUCAAUAAAAGGAAGACCGGAUUCUACAUGGGAAUACUGAUCGGAACUGGAAUCUUUGGUCCUGCAUUGGCUUACCUAAUUGGAGGACUAUUCAGCAAAUUAUAUAUAACGCUUGAACCGGUUGAUAUAACACCAUCGGAUCCACGUUGGAUUGGUGCCUGGUGGUUAGGCUUUUUAGUGUUUGGCGCAUGCGCACUUUUCUUUAGUAUACCAAUUAUGUGCUUCCCGCGGAAAUUGAAAAGUAAAAGUAGAUUGAAAGACUUGGAACUUUCAAAGAAAAUAAUCAAAGAAGCCGAAAAGAAAUCAGUGACGCAGGCUAUUAGUUACCAGUUAAAAGAUUUUGGACUAACGAUUACACGUUUAUUGCGCAAUCCUGUGUACGUUGCAAUAAUUACAUCAUCGUUCAUCAACGUACUUGGGGUGUCAGCAGUUUUGUCAUUCAUGCCAAAAUAUCUAGCGGCACAGUACACAAUACCGUUGUGGCAGGCAAAUAUCAUUAUUGCUUUGAGUUAUAUUGGAGCUGUGGCAAUGGGUACUUUUAUUGGUGGUGUAAUAUCGCGGAAAAUUGAGAUGACUCCACAGACAACAUUUAAAUUGAUGGUCAUAUUUCACUGUAUUAAUUUUGUCUGUUUGUGUAGUGGAUUUUUUCUCGGGUGCGAUCAACCUGUUCUCUUAGGAGACAACGGAAAAGGAGAUGUGUCUUCAUUAUACCGACCCGUUGAUUCCUGUAUACAAGGGUGCACUUGUGAUGACAAGAAAUAUUUUCCGGUGUGUGGUGGUGGUCGAACUUACUUUAGUCCCUGCCACGCUGGUUGUACAGAGAAAAACGCAAAGUCAUUCACGAACUGCACGUGUAUUCAAUCUGGCCAUGCGGUGGCUGGAUUAUGUGAUCAAGGCUGCUCCACUAACCUGUACACUUACGCUGCAUUUACGUUCGUCGGAAGUCUCUGUGCUGCCUUCAAAAUCAUACCUACAGUUCUGUCAAAAAUAAGAUGUGUUGAGGAAAGAGAUAGAGCAGUAGCAUCAGCAUUUUCUGGAUUUAUAAAUUCUGCCUUAGGAUGGAUGCCAGGUCCAGUUAUCUUUGGUGCUGUAAUUGACGGAACGUGCACUUUAUGGAAGUACACGUGCGGAGAACGACAAUCGUGUUUGCUGUACGACAUCGUGUUUUUCCGAAAGGCUGUUCACGGGUUUGGAUCAGUAGCAAUAGCAAUAGCGACGCUUAUUAACACAGCAUUGUACAUUUGCUUCCGGGUGAAAGGCAUUACAAAAUGGCGAGGAGAAGUAGAGAAACAAAAGCUGGACAAAAAUGUGAUUGUGCAAAAUGACGAAAAGAAAGAGGAAGAUGUGCAAGAACAUAUAAACUAAUUUUCAAAUAUGAAUCAUUACUUCACUAAGAAACUUACUUCUAUACACAUUAAAAUGCAUCAUCUAAUCUUUAGAUUGUUCUACUUGUUUGGUACAAUAUUGUUCUACCAUGUAAAAUUUUAUAAAACAUAUUGCUUCAAUGCGUAAGUAUAUAUAAAGUUCAGUCAAUAAAAGGUAUAGAGUCAUG